CCAGAAAGCUCAAGCUUUCUCCAGGCCAUUGCAGCAUGGAAGCCAGCAGAGAGAACCCAGCUGGAGAAAUCCCUGGAGAAGAUGGCAAUGAAAUGGACUUGUCCCAUAAAUUCUCGAGGAAAGAGCUCACCCUGCUGUAUGAAGAGGUCCUCUACACCAUUCUGCAUCGGAUGGGAAAACCAGAAGUUUACCAUGUUGUUGAUCCAGAUGAGCUGUACACAUAUGUGCAAAAGGCCUUCAGUAUGGAUCCAGAAGAGCAUUGUAUUCUACUGCAGAGGGUUAAAGAUCUGGAGACACCAACAUUUUGUCUCAAAACAACUGUGAAGCAAGCCAGAGGCAUUCUGGGUAAAGAUGUCAGUGGUUUCAGCGACCCAUACUGCCUCCUAGGGAUAGAAACUAAAGAGGAGGACACAUCCACCAAGAGCAGCUCCCAUCAAAAGAAUAAAAAGCAAUCCAAGGCUGUGGUGAAGAAUCUGAUCCCUGAAGACCAGACCCAUCGUACCCGAGUCAUCAGUCAGACAUUAAAUCCUGUGUGGGAUGAAACCUUCAUACUAGAGUUUAAAGAUCUAGAGAAUGCUAGAUUCCAUCUAGACAUGUGGGACUCUGAUGAGAUUGAGACGGUACGUCACAAAUUGGGAGAUCUAACAGACCUCCAUGGGCUGAAGAGGAUUUUUAAGGAUGCUCGGAAGGACAAAGGUCAGGAUGACUUUCUGGGGAAUGUGGUUCUUCGGCUGCAGGACCUGAAUUGCAGGGAUGACCGCUGGUGCAACCUGGAGCCUCGCACAGAAACCUACCCCAACCGAGGACAUUGCCACCUGCAGUUCCUUUUGAUUCAUAAGAGAAGAGCCACCACAAUCGGUAAGACACAGCCAAACUACGUAGUCCACCGGCACCUUCUUCAGCAGAUGGUUUCUUAUGAGAUUCUUCAGCAUCAGGCUGGCAGCCUUAGCUGGAAUGGGGAGUUGAGCAAGCAUGCGAAUACAAUUCUCUAUCUACAUGCUACUCAAAAAGACCUUUCUGACUUCCAGCAGGUUAUGGCGCAAUGGUUGGUUUACAGCAAGCUCUAUCAGAUUUUGGAGUUCAACAGUAACUGCCUGCUCCACCAAAUCAAUGUGUUUCUCUCCACAUCAUUUGCCAUAUUGCAAGCUGCUUUAAGGCUAUUGCAAAAGGCAGAACUGGCUAACUCGUUCCGAUCCUUGCUGACCUAUGGAGUCUCUCUUAUCCAGAGAUACCGGAUUGUCUUCCCACUCUCUUCUCCUAAGUCUACGCAGAGGUUUCAAUCACUGCUCAGGGUCUUGGUCCAUAUGUGUAAAAUGAAAGCUUUCCAAGAACUGUGUACACUGACCUCUGACCUUCAGCAGUUGGUGACAGAGGCACUCAAGGCUGGGACAACAGAGUGGUUUCAAAUGAAGAAGCAGCACUUGAAGCCAAUGGUAAAGACCAUGGAGGAGUGUGGCAAAGCCCUGGUCAGCCUUCUAAUGGAAGUGAAUGCAGAUCUCAAACAGUGCCACAAAACCUGGAACAAAUAUUUUACUAACACUGUGAGAGUGGAUCUCUUCUCAAUUGCAUAUCUUGAACUGCAGGAGUUGGUUUCCAGUUAUGUAAAGGAGAAGCUGAGCAAGAUGGACAGUGGCAUGUCACAGCUCACAGCAGAAAGCCUUUUCCAGCUCUAUCUCAGCCUACAGGAACUGUAUCGCAUGAAGGACUUGGUGUGCAAUAGUGAAGGUCCCCUUGCACUAGCGAACUUCCACCAGUGGUUUAAGGAAGCCAUCCCCAUGUGGCUCCAGAAGACAUAUGCAAUAGCCCUGGAAAGGACCCAAAGAGCUAUCCAAGUAGAUCAGUUGAAACCAUUGGGAGAACUGAACAAACAUAGUACAUCUACUGUAGACUUAUCCACUUGUUAUGCUCAGAUGGUUAAGACCUGGCAACAGCUGGACUGGCCGGAUCUUGAAGAAGCCUUCAUGAUCAUGGUGAAAUUUGUUGAGGACAUGUGUAAGAUUGCACAGAUAUACUGCCGGUUGAUCAAGACACGGGCAGAGGAAUUGUCAUCAAAGCAAUAUGAGGAGGGAGAAGCAGCAAAUCGGCUCUGCGUUGUGGUGAACAACAUUGAGCAGCUCCGCAUGAUGAUCCUGAAACUGCCAUCCCAACUGGACUGGGCACAUCUGGAGCAUAAGACCGGAGGUGUCAUUGCAUCCGAACAGAUCCAGCACACGCUGCACCAUCAGCUUCAGACUGCCAUCACUUUCCUCAACAAUGAGAUUCGGGGCGUCGUGCAGACCCUGGCAGCCAAAUUGGAUGCUGGAAUUACCAGGCAUAUCCAGGAGUUGUCAGCCUGCAGUGACUCCAAGGACCCAGAGGAUUGCAUCACCCCUCUAAUGCGGUUCUUGGAGUGUGAGCUCCAGUACCUGAAUGAAAACUUGGUCCAGGAGAACUUUAACAGCCUCCUGGAACUGCUGUGGAAUCACACCCUGAACAUGCUGGAGGGGGCUGCCAAACAGCAAGCUGGCAACGUGAGGUACUUCCAGAAACUGCGAGUCGCUCUCCAGAGCCUGGAGCUUUGUUUUCAUGCCGAGGGCUGUGGACUUCCAAAUGACACCCUUCACACUGCAGCAUUUACAGCUCUGGAGAAAAAGCUGGAGCUCUGCUCCUCCACCAGCAGAAAACUUAUCCAAAAGUACUUCAGUGUCCGAAUUGAGCAGCAGACCAAGGCUAGCCCUGAAAAGUACGGGGCUGUAACCAUUAAAGCCCUUUACCGCCAUUCAGAACAGAAGCUGCGCAUUGAUGUGCUCAAUGCUGUCAACCUCAUCCCCCUGGACUCAAAUGGUUCAAGUGACCCUUUCAUUCAACUGACCCUGGAGCCCCGGCAUGAAUUCCCCGAGGUCAUGGCACGGACAACUCAGUGCAUAAAGAACAACCUCCACCCUCUCUUUGACGAAGUCUUUGAAUUUUUGGUCCCUCCAGAUAAAUGCCGACAAGAUGGGGUAUGUCUGUUGCUCACCGUGUUUGAUUAUGACACCUUAGGGGCCAAUGACCUAGAGGGAGAAGCCUUCUUCCCUCUCUGCAAGGUGCUGGGGUUGAAUGAGGAAGAGGAAGCAACCAAUCCAUCCAGAGUGCCACAAAACCGUUUACCCUUGACUCAUCCUGGAACCACAGGCAAUGAAAUCCUGAAGCUGCUGGAAACCAGAAAGGGAGACAAGGAAGCACAAGCCUUUGUGAAGCUACGCAGACAACGGGCCAAGCAGUCCCAGGAGCUGGAGUGACAGCCACCAAGCAAGGGGUGUUAAAGCAGGACUGAGCCGACGAGGGAGCUGAAGAGCAGUGGUACGCAAGGUCUCCCAGUUGUGUUCCAAAUAACGUUUGGUCUGUUUCCAGCUGACAGACAACAGGAAAGGUUUCCCUGCACCCCACCUCCAUCACCCUUGGUUUACAGGAGGGAUUUAAAAAAAUGGAAACAUGGCAACUUCUGCGGUUGCUACUGCACACACGAAUCAAAGUGUGAGCAAAUACAUGCGUGCAGACAGUACAUGCAUAUGGGCAUGUAUGUCAACACAAACUACCUGGAGUGGAAAAAGCUUGUUUGACUGGUGAAUAUGUCCUUUGCGGACUUCCUGCAGGAAAUUCUUCAUUCUGCUCUCCAGAUGGCAUGGAAUGCCAGGAUGCCCAAAGGAGGCACAAGGAGUUUUUGGUGGGGGGAACAAAACAGAACUGUGAUCUGGCCUCUCAUCUCUGCUGCAGGGACUGAAUAAGCAUCAUUGACAUGGAAGGAAAUUAAAUGGAAGAGCUGCAGACAAUGUGCCUUAAUGGAUCCCAUGCCCAUCUACCUCUAGGGCAGAAUUUUGAUCACCACACAAAUUGCUGGGUAGUGGGAACUCUUGGGAUUUAAACGCCAAUGGAAGAUUUAAUUAAAAAAAAUAUAAAUCCAUCUCCUAACAGUGCUGCUGUGGUUUUUUUUUACAUUGUGAACUGUGCUUGGUUCCAAUUUGACCCCCAAUAGCCUGUUUAGACCACAGACUGCGUAUUAUAACAUCAGAACUUCUAUAGCCUCUGAAAUUUCCUCUCUAUUUAUGCAGCAUGAAGAACUAGGAGGUGGCAUGGAUCCAAGAGCAACUUGGUCUCCCAAUUAAGGGAGGCAAGUAUCCCUCGCAGUAUUCGAUUUCCCAAAAGUCUAAGUAUCAUUUUCCCACUCAGCCUUGUGUUGCUUCUUCCCGUGAUGGCACGCAUGGUAAAAGGUAUGUGCCUGUUCUUGUCAGCCAAGCUUCUAAUUCUUGGGAGAGAUGAGGAUAGGGAGGCUACCUGCCUGUAAGGAUAACAAGCACUACACCUGUGGUUCAACUGGGCCUUGUUAUCUGGGGACAGGAAAGGUACGAGCAGAAGAUAUGCAAUUGAUCUGUUUUCUUUAAAAAGGGAAGUACAGCUGUGGUGUGCU